AUGGACAGCCGUAACAAGGUCACCGCGUACAAGCGGGUUGUACAGGGGCUCCAGCUCGAGCCAGCCGCUGAGGAGCUAGCCGGGAGCCCACCCCCUCUGGCGAGCUUGAGCACACUGAAGAGCGCGAUCGGCCCCGGUGAACAACAAGCCACCGAACGCGACUCGGUGCACCUACGACAAGACCACGACGCCGAUGAACGCGAUGGAGACGAGCGCGACCGGGACGAACACGUCGAGGUCGCGCAUGGCCAGCACAAGUGCAGCAAGAAGGAGCUCGCCGACCACAUGCCAGACUUGGGCAACGCUGCAGAAUGCACCAACGACCAGCAAGAGCCCGGGAAGCAAGAUUCCGCCGGGGAGGUACCAGGAAAUGAGGAGCUUGUUGAAAACAAGUCCAGGAUGCACGAGCUCACACAGGACGUCCAGUUCAGCAAGACUUCGACGAAGCAGGAGCCCGCCAGGCAUCAGCCUGCCAAACGCAAGGACGACGAGGACGACCCCGCCGAGCAAGGGCCCAUCGAGGACGACCCUUGUGAGUAA